CCGAAUCGUACAGGCUUGCACCAGUUAUGUACAUGUACCUAGUACCUGCCUAGUGGUGAGAGUGGGAAGUUUGUUCCCGUUCUGUCGUCUUUUCCAAAUAUGUCGUCCAAUGACGGUUUGAUCAACUUGUUCAGACGUUACAGGAGACGUUCUCGAUUUUAAUCGAAUAAUCCAAAGGGCAAAACUUUCAGUGGCAAGAUGGGCACUGCCUCUCCAGAAACCCUACAGACAAUAUGUCUGCAGUACAUCAGCUGUAACAUGUCCAAAUUGUGUAGUGAAAUACUUGUGACUGGAGAGGGAGACCACACCGAGUCUAGGCUCGUCUUCAAGAACCCAGACACGGUCAUACACGGUGACUUGGCUGAGAGCUUACUGUGCAAACUGAGUGAGAACGGCCAACUGACAGACACGGCCCUGACGCUGUUUGCCAACCGGUGCAUCAUGUGCCUGCGUCGCGCCUGCAUCAAGAAGGCCAGCCUGACAUCGCGGGGCCUGCGGGCACUGGCCGGCCACCAGCUGCUGGAGCUGGAUGCGGCGGGCGUGCAGAAUGUCAACGUCAACGACAUCAUUGGGGCGCUAGGGGAGUGGACACGCAAGCACAUCCGCUGGCUCAACGUCAGCGGCUGUACCUUCCUCAACAACUCCAAGUUUUGCAUCGUCAUCUCCUUGCCCCAGCUGCGUAAUCUACGCCACCUGAACGUCAGCUACACAGAAUUUGGCAACAACCUUGGUCUGGAGUGUGUGGCUGAGGGGCUCUCACACUUGGAGAGUUUAGACAUCUCAGGGACGCUCGUCUAUAGCAUCCAGCCUUUACUCAGACUCAAACGCACCCUCAAGUCCCUCUGUAUGUUCCACACCAGGGUGCCAGAGAAGGACCUGAUUUCGGUGGUGCUGUCGCUGGAAGAGCUACGACACUUGGACAUAUCCCAGGACGUGCACCCCAUGAUGGACAAUCACCAACACCCCAGCGUCAACACCCUGCUGGAGGCCCACCAAUCUUUGCCUCACCUAACCUCGCUGGACAUCUCAGGCCGGGACAAUGUCCAGGACGCGGCACUGCGAUGCUUUGUUCAGCAGCGGACGAGGCUGAGGUUCCUUGGGCUGACCUUGACCCAGGGAAUGGUCAGAACUUUAAGUAUACCCAAGGAGAUGUGUGGGGAAGACUUCCUAAUCUCAGAGAGCCAUGAAGACUUUUCACGCAAUCUGAAGGUGACAGGGCAUGCCACCGAGGAGCAAAUUGAAGAAGCCCUGCGUUGCUAUGGUAACAGGCCCAAUUAUGUACACAAGUUGCUCUGCAGUCUGUUUAACAUGACGCUGUACCUGGAAAAAGCCAAGCCGCAUAUCAUCAAGCUUAUCCUUCCUGAAAUGAAAUCUCAUCCGCAUCACCUCGGAGUUCAAAUGGCCGCCAGUGCCUGUUUAUACAACCUGACCAAGCAUCAUCUAGCUGACAGCAUCCACGUCUCUGACUUGAGUGAAAUGGUUCAUCUGACACUGGAUGCUAUGGAAGCAUUUCCCAGCCAGCAGCAGCUCCAGAAGAACGCCUUGUUGACACUGUGCAGUGACAGGAUACUGCAAGACGUGAACUUUGACCGGUAUCGUGCCUCCAAGAUGGUGAUGGAUUGCCUCUUCGUCUUCGACGACGCUCCGGUGACUCGUAUGUCGGUGGCGAUAUGCUCCAUCCUGGCUGCCAAGAUAUCAACAGAACAAACAACGCUUCUGGGUACCAAGCGCAAUAUGCAGAAAUUGUUGCAAAUUGUUAAGCAGAAGGCAGACACACUGUCCGUGGACAUCACGCUGAAAUUCACCUUGAGUGCACUCUGGAACCUGACGGAUGAAUCGCCAUCGACGUGUGCCAUAUUCAUCAACGAAGGUGGCCUGGAUCUCUUCAUUCACAUCCUUGAGAUCUUUCCUGAUCAGGCCACUCUUCAGACAAAAGUCCUAGGGCUAAUUAACAACAUUGCCGAGGUGCCGGGACAGCGAGACGGCCUGCUCAGAAAUGACUUCAUUGAGCAUUGCAGGAUGCUACUUGACAGCAAGCAGAUUGAGGUCAGCUAUUUUGCUGCUGGCAUCAUCGCCCAUCUGCUCAAGGAAGGACCCGAGUAUUGGACACUACCCCAGGCACUACGCCUGGCCCUGCAAGACUCCCUGCUCAAGAAUAUCCUGGCAUGGAAGAACCCAGCGGGUGAGAUGGUUGCGUAUCGUUCCUUCAGUCCGUUCUUCCCGCUGCUCAAGUGCAACAUUGCUGAGGUCCAGCUCUGGUCUGUUUGGGCCAUUCAACACGUCUGUACCAAGAAUGCGUCCCGGUACUGCCCAAUGCUUGUCCAGGAAGGAGGGCAAGAUCUUCUACAAGAGAUGGUUUCCAGCAGGCACAUCCACAGCGAAGUCCACAAAGUGGCCAAGAGUGUGUUGGAAAUGGUGGCAGCCAUUAAUUCCAAGAGUAAUCAGACCUGAUGUGAGUACAUCCCACUGCUGCCACCAAGACUCAUCAGGCCCUGGAGCUCAGGAACAACAGUAGUCCAGAGAAACAGAUUUCAUGAGGUCUAUGCAGAUGCUCAGUCUUAACUCAUCUUUGUAGUCAGCAGUAGUCCGGACUCUGUUCAUCGAGGCAAUCCCACUUCUGCCACUGCUGUGAACAGCUCUAUGCAGGAAUUACUGAAGAUCCGGUGUUUGUUCACAAGAACCAAGCAACAGAGCACAGUAGAUUUUCACAUUGAAAGAUGGCGUACUCUUUGAUGGUUUAGCAGUUUUUUUUGGGGGGGGGCAGAUCUGGUGGCAUUAUUUUUCAACUCAAUCUUGAUUUUAAUCUAUAAGUAAUUAUAUAAUUAAUUUAUUUCACGUAUGUUAUUUCACACUUCUGUUGAUUAGCCUGCUAACUAAAAACCCCAUUUUAUCUUAAAGCUAAAGAUCAGAUAUUUGCAAUCAGUAGUUAUGCACAAAUAAGGAUCAGAAAUUAAUAUUGAAGCACAGAAGAUGAAUUCUGUGACAGUUGAUUUUUUUUGGAAGGCUUAAAAUAACUCAGCAAGAGACCAUUGCCAACUGUGUAUAAAGAGCAGAAUUAUUCUACUCAGGUCAGGGGAAAACCAGACAGUCUCUGCAAAAUUACAGUCUGAAGUUGAGCAACAGUGUAAACAUUGUAAAUUAUACAAGAUAUGUUUCUCUUAAAAUAUAACGCAAUUUUGAAAUCUUGUACGUAAGUUCUUUGCCAUUUUAAAAGAGGUUGUUUUGAAACUCAAAUUUUGAGAUUUGAGAAUUUUUUAUUUUGAGCAAAAGUGAAAAUAUUAAUUGUCUGGGGAGGGAUCUUACAUGGUUUACAGCAAAUCAAUGCAUACCUCUAGCACACAUGAGCCAUGAGGUGAGCACUCAUGCUUCUAGACUGGUUCCAGCUCCCUCCCUUUAAGUCUGUAUGCACAGAGAAAUGCAGAGAUUGGGAACCAGCCUACUUGCCGCUCAGUUUUGAGAAAAAUAUUUUCUUUCCCCGGUAUGCACUGUCAUAUGUAACUGAACAGAUGAGUUGGCAGGAACCAGCCAUAUGUAGGUGGAUUUAACUGGUUUGCUCUGCUGUUAAGCAGGGAUUCUGGUUUUCAUCUUGAAACCUGAGUUCAAGGUGUCUUUAAGCUCCUGCAGCAUUGCUCUCAGCCCCCCCCCCCCGACAAGAAUUUGACAGGUGUUCCUGUGGACAGAGCACUCUGAAUUCAUGCAUUGAUGCUUGCCAGUCACUGGCUAUAUACGCUACAUUGUAGUUUGGCUGGGCAAAUAUUCCCCCUGCAUAGGCUACAUCUAAAUCACUUGGCUGUCUGUAGAAAUUAGGUAGUGGUCUGUGGUCUCGGCCACAGCCAGUUUCCAUAGAGUCGUGUGUAAUUUCAAGCCGCAGCCAAGUGAUCUGGACUCUCUUUUGGCAAGUUCCUCGGCUCCAUUCAGAUGGCCCCAAGUUGUAGAUCAUUGGAUAGUUUAUUUCCUACUGAUGUAUUUUACAAUUGAUUUUUUUUUCUGGUGUGUAUUUGUAUCUGGAUUAUUUGCUGAAGGCCUGUCUGCAUGGCCAGGUUCUCCUGAAAGUGGUUAAUUCUGUAUAAUAUUUUAUGUCAAGGAACUCAAAACUAUUUAGCAUUUAGAAUGCAUUGUGAAUUUUUCUUUUCAACGUUAAAACCACUUAAAUUAUUGGAAUUUUUAAAGUAAGAUGUAUUUAACUGAAACGUAUGAAUUACAUGCAAGAUGGAAAAGUCCCGUCAAACCAUUUUUGAGGUUUGGACAAUUUGGUCUAGUUUUUGUCUGUCAAAGUCUUAUUCAAUCAUGUUUGAAUCUUGAAAGUCUUUGUAAAAACUCCUUAAUUUUUUUCUGAAUUUCCCUCCCAAAAUACCUCCCAAUCUUCCGUACCAGACUUAGUCGACAGUCAUGCCCUGUGGACUGGAUUGCUGAUUGUGUUGUAUGUUUAGGAGAUUUCUAUCAGAGAAAUAUUUUGCAAUCUAUCUUAGGGCAUCUUGAGUGCAACAAAAAAAUGGCUGCAACAUAACACACCAUAUGCCUUAUCUGUGUACAGAGUAAUUCGACCACCAGAAUUAGAAGCCAUUACUGUGGUGGCACAACCCUCGUGGACAGGUGGUACGCGCGCUACAUGCC